CCUCUUUCCCGCGAUGACAGUUUCCUGCAGGCUGGUUUAGAGGGACUGGACGCCCUCACAGCAAGAUGUACUGAGGAGGAGACAGGGUAAUCCGAGUUUAGAUGGUCGGCAUGUUGUGGACUGGGCUGGUGAAGUGAAUUUUUGUUUAUUUUUUCAGGAAAGAGCGGAGGUCGAUACCGUGGUGAAAUGACCAACAGGAUGGAGGGUUCGGCGGCACCAGGUGCCAGGGUGAAAGAACCCGUCGCAGCGCCCAGCAGCCCAGUGAGCUCCAACAUAGGCCCGCCUCUUUCUCCAGAAGACCUGGACGACGAGCCACAAUCUUCCCUGACAGAUAUCACCCAAAUGUGGAUUAAAUUCGGCAAGACUUUCGCCAUAAUCUUCCCGAUCUACGUCUUGGGAUACUUUGAGUUUAGCUUUAGUUGGGUUCUGAUUGGACUUGCCAUUUUGUUCUAUUGGAGGAAAAACUACGGCGGUGAGGACUACAGGAUAAACCGUGCCUUAGCAUUCCUGGAGCAUGAGGAGAAAGCAGUAAAGCAGAGUAUUCCUACUUCUGAGCUGCCACCAUGGGUCCAUUAUCCAGAUGUGGAGAGAGUGGAGUGGCUGAAUAAGACGGUGAAGCAGAUGUGGCCGUUCAUCUGCCAGUUUGUGGACAAGCUGUUCAGAGAGACCAUCGAGCCGGCGGUGAAGGCCGCCAACCCUCAUCUCAGCUCCUUCUGCUUCACCAAGAUCGACAUGGGCGACAAGCCGGUGAGAGUGAACGGGGUGAAGGUUUACACGGAGAAUGUGGACAAGAGACAGGUCAUCAUGGACCUGCAGAUCAGUUUUGUCGGGAAUACGGAGAUCGACGUGGACAUCAAGAAGUAUUACUGCAGAGCUGGAAUCAAAAGCAUACAGCUUCACGGGACGAUGAGAGUGGUGAUGGAGCCGCUGCUCGGGGACAUGCCUCUGAUCGGAGCUCUGUCCGUGUUCUUCCUCAAGAAACCAUUGCUGGACAUCAAUUGGACGGGACUCACAAACAUGCUGGACAUUCCCGGUAUCAAUGGUUUGUGUGACAACAUCAUCCAGGACAUCAUCUACAGCUUCCUGGUUCUGCCCAACCGCAUCACCAUUCCUCUGGUGGGGGAGGCCCAGCUGGCCCAGCUACGCUUCCCCAUGCCCAAUGGCGUCCUCAGGAUCCACUUCAUCGAGGCCCAGGACCUGCUGGGCAAAGACAAGUUCCUCGGCGGGCUGAUCAAAGGCAAGUCCGACCCGUACGGAGUCAUCAAGGUCGGGACGCAGCUCUUCCAGAGCAAAGUCAUCCACGAGACCGUCCACCCGAAAUGGAACGAGGUGUAUGAGGCCUUGAUGUACGAUCACAAUGGACCACACCUGGAGAUUGAACUGUUUGAUGAAGACACUGAUAAAGACGACUUCCUGGGAAGUCUGAUGAUCGACGUGGCCGAGCUCCAGAAGGAACAGAAGGUUGAUGAGUGGUUCGUCAUAGAAGAUGUGGAUACAGGGAAGCUGCACCUGAAGCUGGAGUGGUUGUCUCUGCUGCCGUCGCCGGAGAAGCUGGACCAGGCGCUGAUGUGCAUCAAAGCGGACCGAGGUCACGCCAACGACGGUCUGUCGUCUGCGCUGCUCGUCGUCUUCCUGGAUUCGGCCAGAAACCUGCCGAGCGUCUUCGAGGGGAACUUGGGCUCCGGCUACUUAAAAGAGAGGCGUGCGGCGGGCCUCGUGUUCUGCGAGAACACCGCCUCUCUCUAUAGGACCUUAUUUCGCAAUCCGUUAGAGUUCAACCAGGCGGGUCUGAGGAAGUCCUCGGUCAGUAAGGCCAUCAAGUCUGGUAAGAAAGUGACCAGCGAUCCCAACCCGUUCGUCCAGUUCAGAGUGGGACACAAGUCCUUCGAGAGCAAGACCAGAUAUAAGACCAAUGAGCCGGUGUGGGAGGAGGCCUUCACCUUCCUCAUCCACAACCCCAAGAGCCAAGAGUUGGAGGUUGAGGUGAAGGACGAGAAACACGAGUGUUCGUUGGGGAUCUUGACGCUUCCUCUGAGUCGCCUGCUGGAGGCAGAAGACAUGACGCUGCAUCAAAGUUUCCCCCUGAGGAACUCGGGGCCGAGCUGCACCCUCAAGAUAAAGAUGGCUCUGCGGGUGCUGUCUUUGGAGAAGAACACCUCCUCCUCCUCAGACUCCACUCCGUCCUCCGUGCAGGUCAACAAGAACAGCUCCUCCAACCAAACCCCGCAGCCCUCCGUCUCCCCCGUGCCUCCACCCUCCACGUCCAACAUCCCCCGCUCUGCCUCAGUGUCGGCCCAGGACGUGCUGAACCGGCAGAGGGAGUCCCAGGAGCCCUAUAGGUCUCCGGGAAGCACAGACUUGGGGCAGGGUGGAGGACGAGGAGGAGGCCUGGCGCAGACCGGGAGGAGCACCUCCAACCUGGCCAUCUCCGGGUCCCAGCAGUACCUGGCCGGAGGCAAAGAGCCGACGCCCAGCAUCGCCUCCGACAUCUCCAACCCCUACGCUGCUCAGGAGCUGCAGCAGAGACUCCAGCAGCUGCAAAAUGGUUCUGGUCCCGGUCAUUACCCGCUGGGUGAGAUCCAGCUGACGGUCAGACACAGCUCCCAGAGGAACAAAGUCAUCGUGGUCGUUCACGGCUGCAGAAACCUGAUCGCAUUCACCGAUCACGGCUCGGAUCCUUACGUCCGCCUUUACCUGCUUCCUGAUAAACGGAGGUCGGGCCGCAGGAAAACUCCCACAUUCAAGAAAACACUGAACCCAGUUUACGAUCAGACGUUUGAGUUCAGCGUCUCCCUCGUGGAGCUGCACAGACGGACUCUGGAUGUCGCGGUGAAGAACGGUGGAGGUCUGCUCUCCAAACACAAAGGCCUUCUGGGAAAGGUUCUGGUGGAUUUGAGCCACGAGGAAAUCUCUAAGGGUUGGACUCAGUGGUAUGAGCUGAGUGAAGACGGCCAGACGAAGCCUCACCAGCUAUAGACUGCAACGACAGGAACCAUCAUCAUCAUCAUCAUCAUCAUCAUCAUCACAUCGCCACACGUCCACUUACGUCUACUGUGCGGCUUUUUAUUGUUCAUGACUUGUAAGUGUACAAAAGGAAACAGAAAAGCAGCUUUUGACAUUCAUUUAAUCACAUCAGUCGCAAGGCAAACCUCCCCUUUAACAAGUGAAAGGCUGACAGACUAAAGGGAGUAUUGAUAUGUAGAAGACUAUAUCUUACAUAAUGUACUGCUGUGGAAGUUUAUAUUCCAUAUUUAUAGGAGAAACUAUAACGGCUGUAGAGGAAGACGAUAUAUUUGUUUUUGAACGACGAUGUACAAGUUUGUAAAUAUAAACAACGAUGCUGGACAGAAGAUGAGAGAGAGCGGCGUGCUCUCUUUUUGGCCAAAUGUUUGUUUGCCAAUUUAUUUUAUUUGAUUAAUUAAUUUGUAUAAAUAAAAAAACACAUUGUAGUCGAGGUUUCUGAAGCAGAGCGGGCGGGCGGGCGCCGGGGAAGACGCCACAAAGAGACGAGAAGUAUUGAAACCUCGUGGGUUUUUGGUAACGCAGCUUUGCUCUGGUUUUAUUCCACUUUCACAACGAGUGUAUUAACUGAACUGCACGUACACGCUUUGUUUAGAUGCACACGUUGUUACCCGUUUGUUUUUAAACUGAAUAUUCAUAUCUGUGUUUUUAUCAUCUUCGCUCUUAGUUGCAGUUUAGAGGAAGAGAAAAUGUCUGUUUUAGCGAGUAAAUCCAAAAUGAAUGUCUUGAAAUAAUAUAAAUAACAUUUUUCUAUUUUUUUAUUUAAAGGAGUAGUUUGACAUUUAUUUUCGCCUUACUCAGUUCUAUUAUACAAAAUCACUUAAAAUAACCACGAGCAGCGUCUCUAAAACUCACAGAUUGUUAGUUUAAUAUAAUAUUACGUGUGUACGUCGAAGGUAUUGAGCUUUACAGCCGACAGACGUGUCGUCCAUGUUCUAUCCAACAUGUCACAACGAAUGUUGAACUCUUCCUUUAAAGUAAUUCCUGCGUCAAAUCAAACUUUAUUAUCAGCCACAUUUUCUUCAUUUAUAAAGCCACUAUGUUUAGACGUUUAAAAGUAGUAACAUUAAGGAAACACUAUAAUAAUAAUAAUAAUAAUAAUGUAUAUUUACACAUUAAUAGUCAUAUUCACCACUUCCUGGCAAUUUUUCACAUUAAAAGUUUUCCAGUAUUUGUUUAAAUUAGAUUAUUUUGCUGAAUUCUCCAUAUUUGUAUUUUAUUUUUACUAUUUCACCAAUAUGAGAAUUAACAGUUGCACAAACACGGAGAAGAAUGAUCUGAAAGCACAAAGAAUAAUGUUCAAACAUCUCUAAACAUUUCCAACAACACAAUCUACAGACGGUGGCUUUAAGAGUUAGAACUCUGGAUAUUUUCUAAACGGGCUUUUUGUUUGUUAGUCGUCAUUUCAUUGAGGUUGAUAUGAGUUCCACUUCAUCAUAUAUCAUUUCUUCAUGUUUAUGAAUCAACAUUUAGUCUUAACUUGUCAUAAAGUGCACUCGUGUUUGUUUUGUGCACAUAUUAAACACUCACAAUAAAGAAACGUGUGUUCUCCGUGUGGGCCCUGCAAAGCCAAAGAGCAGCGAUCCGUGACCUUUGACCUUCCAAAUAUACAAAUAUAGACUUUUGCCUUGUGUUCACGUCGAGCAUCAAGAAAGUAUUUUACACACGUGUAUGUAAACUGUUAUGUCUUUUAAUGUUUUUUAUUUGUGUUUUUGCAGCUGUCGCCCUUUUUGUGUUUCUUGUUCUGUGUUUUGUUUUGUAAGAAGUUCCGUCGGUUUGUAUUCUCUGUCUUCUUAAUUUAUCUCGUGCCUUAAGAUUCACUCGACCCAGAGAUAUGUAUAAAAGAGAAGCAACAAAAUGCUUCAGCGGUUUCCUGUGUUUCAGAAUGUCCUAAAUGUCUUUUAACACAAAUAAAGAGCUUUAUCUGGCUUCAGCAGCAUGAAGCUGUGCAGCAC